UAUUUUGUUUUGACUUUCUGAUUUGAAGUCUGAACUCAGAAUCUGAAAUCUGAAUGUAAUUUUAAUAAAAGCGUACCCAUAUCUUCAUUUCCGAAAGAAUACAUUUUUAGAAUUAUAGAGUUUUUAUAUGUUAAUAAAUAGUUGCGACCGAUGUCAGAAACUUCUUUACAAGGAAAUCAAUCCCGUAAGGAAGAGCAGCCGUCCAAAAUACCGGAGUCAGUUAAGAAAAUAAUAUCAAUGGAAAAGGAAAACGAAACAAAUGCUAGUCGAAAGUCUCGAAUUGAUCUCAAUGCACUGCCUACACGCCAGUACCUCGACCAAACAGUUGUUCCUAUAUUACUGCAAGGCCUAUCAGCCCUUGCGAAAGAACGUCCACCAGACCCAAUAAAUUAUUUGGCAGCUUAUUUAUUAAAAAAUAAGAAUACAUUUGACAACAAUAACUCUGGGUCAAAUAAUAAUGCUCCACAAAAUCCUCAAACGUAAGAUUAGACAUAGUAACUUAGGUUAAUAUUAUAAUAUUCCACUGUUAAAGUAUAUUGACUGAAGAAUUGCUUGAAAUCAAGCAAAACUUUGUCAAUAUAUUAUUAGUAGACUUCAGUGUUUAAUUGUAUAUUUAAAGCAACAAGACUCACUGAACAUUGUCGACUAAACUUAUGUAUUGAAGCUCUGAAUAUUUCUUUCAAAUAUAUGUUCGCUCUGCUGAUUGUUUUUUUCAUGUUUAUGAAUUUAUCAAUGUAUUCUUUUAUUUAUUAAAUUUAAAAGAUAAUUGUACAUUUAUUUCAUAAUUGUGGUCAAAAACAAUCAUUCCUGACAUGUAUUUUUAAUAGAUUAAAUUAAUUGAAAACUAAUAACCUUUUAAUUUAUAAAGUAGAC